AUGCAUUCUUCAAGCAACAGAAAAACAAGAAGGGGGAGGAAAAAACACCAACCAAUGCGUUCCUUCACCAUUCCUCCGGCCGUGCUGCAGCUGUUCCUGCUACUCUCCGGCCUCUCUCCCGCCACCUCAUGCACUGAGCAGGAGAAGCACUUCUCCAGUUCCUCGCUGGGACGUCGGGAGAUGGCACCCUCGCCGCGUCGUGGAACCAUGAGACAGACUGCUGCGAGUGGGAAGGCAUCAUUUGCAAUGGAGAUGGGGCCGUCACUGAGAUCUCCCUGGCAUCUAAAGGACUUGAAGGGCGCAUCUCGCCAUCUCUUGCCGACCUCACAGGCUUGCAAUGGAGAUGGGGCCGUCACUGAGAUCUCCCUGGCAUCUAAAGGACUUGAAGGGCGCAUCUCACCAUCUCUCGCUGACCUCACAGGCUUGCUGCAUGUCAACCUUUCGCACAACUCCUUCUCCAGUGGCCUUCCGCUGGAGCUCAUGUCCUCCAGCAGCAUCAUCGCCCUUGACGUCAGCUUCAACCGGCUAAAUGGAAUGCUGCAAGAGCUGCCGUCUUCGAUCACCACAGACCGGCCUCUGCAGGUACUCAACGUCUCAAGCAACCAGUUCAGCUUAGAACUUCCAUCAGCCACAUGGAAAAUGAUGAAGAAUCUUAUCGCGUUCAACGCCAGCAAUAACGGCUUCACUAGGCACAUACCGUCUUCUCUUUGCCUUGGCUCGCCAUCUUUGGCUUUGCUUAACCUCUGUCACAACCAAUUGAGUGGUGGCAUUCCGAACACACUAGGUAAUUGCUCCAAGCUCAAAGUGCUCAAAGCUGGCAACAACCACCUAAGUGGGAUUCUCCCUGUUGAAAUCUUCCACGCUACCUCGCUGGAGUACCUCUCCAUCCCCAACAAUGGUUUGCAAGGAGAACUUGAUGGAGCACAAAUGGUCAAACUCAGUAAUCUAGCUACUCUUGACCUUGGAGAGAACCACAUCAGUGGCAACAUCCCAGAAUCGAUAGGUCAGCUCAGGAGGCUGGAGAAGCUCCAUUUGGGUAACAACAUGUCUGAGGAGCUGCCAUCAACUAUGGGCAACUGCACAGAUCUCAAAACCAUCGAUCUGAAGGUCAACAACUUCAGUGGGGAUCUAGGCGAGGUGAACUUCUCAACCCCGCAGAAUAUAAGAAGUUUAGAUCUCAUGAGGAAUCGUCUCGGUGGCAUAGUGCCAGAAAGCAUUUACUCAUGCAGCAUGUUGACUGCACUGCGGCUGUCGGGCAACCAUUUCCAUGGUGAGAUAUCACCAAGAAUAGGCAAUCUGAAGCAUCUGUCCUUCCUAUCACUUGGUAGUAACUCCUUUACAAAUAUCAUGAAAGCUUUGCAUGCCCUUAAGAGCUGCAGGAACAUCAGCAAAAAUAAGUAAACUGUUUGGGUUGGGUGGAAGCUUAUAAGCACAGAAAGCCAUAACUAAAGCCUAGCCAAACACCCAUGUAGCUUUGCAGCCAAGUUCACAUGCAUGUGAACCAUGGUAAAACCACCCUGUUUUGGUCAAGAAGGGUAAAUUAAGUGGUGUUAUGUGUUCUAACUAGUUCUAAGAUAUGUUUGGAUUGCGACCAAAGUACAAUUUUUUUUGAGAUGAUCAAAACGUUGGUCUUUAUUGGAUAGGAACCAACUCUUUGGUAUGCCAAUGCGGCAAUGCUCCUUUACCAAUCUAUUGCGUUUUGUAGUCAAUGUUGGCCAAUCCGUUGGCAAGCAAAACCUCAACCGAAAUUUUGGCUAGCCAAUUUUUUGGUAGGGUAAAUAUGGGCACAAACCAAACAGACCCUUACACCUACACUAGUUUUAGAAGAGGAUGAACUGUUUACACAGUUUGCACAUGAAAAGGAACACAAACAGCAGAAUGGUGAUCCAAGCAAGCAGGAAAAAUACUUCAGCUGCUUUGGAAGAGUCCAUAUCCAUGGGAA